UACCAGAAAUAAUUUUGCUGUCGAGUGUUAAAACGUAUCGAACGGGUUUUAAACGCGGUCAAUUACGACGACUCCGACAAACGUGAGAUGAGCUCAAGCAUCAGCCAAAUCUAACCGACAAGUAGCAAGACUUCGGCCCAUUCCUGUUGCAGUGUACGGAGUUAACGCGUAUGAACUUUUAAACGAAACAGAUUAACUGAUUGCUCAAAUAUAAGUAUAACUUGUGAAGCGGCAAAAUGUUGAUCCGCUGGAAGAGUAAAGAUAAAAGUGCAUCAACUAAUCAGAGCGGCAAUGCGAGCAGCAGCUCAUCAUCGAAGAAGAAGCGCAAGGGACGGGAAGGAGAAGAAGACUGGCAAAAUGAAAACAAACCGUCUCGCCUGCAGAGUAAUGAGCAAGGUGGCGAAGAGCGUAGACGCGCAAUGCGACGCGAUGAUCCGCGAAGACACACACUCGGCGGUGAUAUUCUGGUCUACGGCAGCUCCCAGCAUCCGCAUCCGCAUCAAAUGGCGCAGCAACAGCAGCGAGCCAUGGAUCUGGAAAUGAGCACACGAGCGCAGAAGAACAAGAAAAAUCAACCGAUGCGCGGCUAUGCACCUGUUAAUCAAGGCCCCUUGUUCGAUGACGAUCCUGGCAUUAUGUCCGAGGUGGAAACAGCCAGCACUGGGUUUCGAAGGGGCGGCAAACAGCGCUCCUCGUUGCCAGUGGUGCGUACGCCCUCAAAGACGCUCGAGCGACCGCUUGGACUCGUCUUCUUGCAAUAUCGCUCAGAGACCAAGCGGGCAUUGCUUCCAAAUGAGAUCACUUCGAUAGAUACGGUGCGUGCGUUGUUCGUGCGUUCGUUUCCUCGUCAGCUUACAAUGUCGUACUUGGAGGGACCCAACGUCAAGAUCUACAUACACGAUGCCAGCAAGGACAUGUUCUAUGAGCUGGAAGAUGUGCGUUCCCAUCUGCGUGAGAUACGCGAUCGCUCCGUCUUACGUCUGUUUGAAUCAACAGAGGUAGCCGCACCUCCACAGAUUCUCCCUGGUGGUCCGGGCAUACCACAGCCCUUACCACAAGCACCUUCUAGCUGGGAUCAGGAUCAGAGCUAUUUCAGCGAGCCCGAGUUCGAUUCGGAUUUCAAGCAUCAGCACAUCCACAAAUCGAAGAUUGGUAAACAGCCAGCUCCGUAUUAUGUGGGCUCGUCGCAGACCUUGCCACGUGGGAUGUACGGAUCAGAUCGUAACAAAAUCUCAAUGGAUGGAUAUACCAGCUCUCCAGAGCGGAGUACACGGAGCAACUAUGAGGAGCCAUACUAUAGCCAAUAUGGUACGCGCGGACCUGUCGUCGCGCCUAUCAUAGAUGAGGAGCAAAGCGAUGUCGCCCUCGUGGAAGAUCAAUAUUCGUUAUAUGGGAUAAAAGUUGGCCCAAAUCGUCUGCCGCACCGUGGCAAUCAGAUCUAUGAUCCGACCAGGCCAGAAGAUUUGCAUCGCAUACGUGUUGAGCAUAUGGAGCGUCAAUUGGCGAACCUGACUGGAUUGGUCCAAAAGGCAUUAGUUAACCAAAAUCCCCAAAUUGCGCCGAUACCGGUACCCACACUGGACUCCAACUAUCUCGUCGUGCCAACCCAAAUGCAAGCCAAUGGUUCUGCCGAUGAGCUAUACAUUAGAGAAAAGGCACCUAAACUUGGCAAGAAUUCAUGUCAAAAAUCCGUGUCCUUUGAGAAAUCGGUUUCAUUUAGUGACGAUAUACAGGGAAUACCCAAGUCACAUAGCCCCCUACAUGCCGCUGAUACGAAACCAACCAAGCCGGCAAUAAAGUCGUCUACCUUGCCACGUACAUCCUCCCAAGAGCGCGACCGCUUAAAGCCUCCGCCACCGCCAAAGCCGAUUGUGCUGGCUCAGACUGCGCAUCCCAACUACAGAGCAGACAUUGCACUUGCCCCCGAGGUCUACAAUCAUUUGCGUGGUCUGCAGAAGAAGGCGAAGGACUUGCGCAUGGAAGUGCGCACUCUAAGAAGGCUAUCUCAGGCUCAGUCCGUUGCCGUACGGGAGGACAUCAAAAGUACCUUCAUGCGUAUACGUGCCACAUUGUUGGCAAGCAGCGGUGGCAGCUUUUGGGGCCAGGGCGAUCAGGACACUACGCGUAUAUCGCGAGAAGAAGAGCUGUACAAGCAGGAGGUCAUACGGCUGGAAAAGGAUCUCAGUGACUUGGAAGCUUCGGUUGAAAAUCUUCGGGGCGAGGUGAUCAAUCGACGUACGCGCGUCAAUAUGACUGCCGUCGAGGACAUGGCCCUGGUUUUAAGUCGCGCAAGCAAAACUGUCGCUGAGCUGAAGCUCAAGUUUCCGACUUUGUCAAAUGGUUUGCGCUGCAUACUGUCCAACGAGAUGGAAAAAGUAGUACGAGAAGAAAAGUUCCUAAAAGAAGAGCCCGAUCGGUUGGAAUCGGCUUUGCGUCGCUGCAAAAAGUUAACGGGCACAUUAGUUACACUUAAACGUUUGGCGAGCGUACAGGAACAACGUUUGCCCCCUAAUGAGCCGUCAGUCAAUGAGGAGUCUUUACGUUCCGCAGAUAUUUCGGUCCCCGACAAGCCAAUCCCAACACCCAGGAUGGGGUCGUUCCCUGUCGGCGGGGGACUCGCACCCGAAAACGCACUCGAUGCUCUGCUAGACGAGUUAAAGACAUUCUCAAAGCCAAUUGCCCAACAACAACAGCAGCAGCAGCAGUUGCAGCAACAACAACAACAACAAAUGCAACAACAGCAGCAACAACAACAACAAAAACCACCAUUUGAGGUACGCCCUGAAGAUUCGACAUCUGAUGAAAGUGCUCAAGCAGCGAUACAGAGCACCGUCACCACGCAAAUAUCUCAGGCACGCCUGCUCACAGAGGCGAACGUCGUCAAUAUGCAACAGGCGACCACCAACAGCAUGGUCAUGGCCGUUUCUAGUGCUAGUGGGGCAACAUCGCAUUUGUCGCGUGGUGCAUUGACCCAUCAGCAGUCGCAACAGCAGCUGAUGGUGCAUACCAAUAUAGGAAGCUUGCGUCGCCUGCAUUCAUUUCCCAGCGAAUCUGACAACGAGCUUCCACCCCCACUCGCUAAUGGUGGUGGCGGUGGUGGCGGUGGUGGUGGUGUUGGUGGUGUCAGCGUCAGCAGCAACAACAAUAAACCACCAGUGCCCGAGCGCAAUGCCGAUUUGAUAACAAGAGUGGGUCACAAGCGCAUACCGCCACCACCGCCGCCGCGUACCAGCUCACGUAGUCCACUGGCCAGUCCGACAAGCCCAAAUAUGCCACAGAACAUAGCCGCUGCCACAGCCGGUGCUGCUACCGCCACCGCUGCCAACAUGGUUGACAAUAAUAUGAUGAGCAUCGAGACUAUCGUAAUCGGUAGUGGUGACACUUCAAGCGGCGACAACUCCAGUGGCAAUGAGUCUGGCAACGAUCACGCACAGCGGCAGGUGGCACUUGAGAUGCGCCACCAGGAGUUAUUGAAGAAGCAAAAGCUAUUGCAGGAGCAGUACCAACGAUUACAGCAAAUGAGCAAGAUACCAUCGGUUGACAUAUCCGGGCCCCCACAUCCCGGCAACGAAUCGAAUAUACAGCAGAAAAUAGCCGCAAUCAAUUUGUUGGCCUGUGAAUCCAUGGGCAGUGAUCCGGCUGCAGCAGCGGCGGCGGCAGGAGCUGCUGAGAAUGCAGCGGGUACAAAUGGUGUAUUGAACAGUGAUGCUACGGGUGGUGUGGUUGGCAGCGUUGUUGGUGGUGGUACAAGUGCAGGAGCUACUGCUUCUGCUGCUGUUGCUGCUGCUGCAAACACCACAAUGACCACCAAACAGGUGUACGAGACGGAGAUACUCUAACACAAUUGGAAAUUGGCGUGGAGCGAAACGAAAAUUGAUAUUUAACUGUAGCAUCAUUAUACAUUCUAUAUACUAUAUAUACACAUACAUAUGUAUAUGUGUCUCUGACACGUCGCACAAACUGCAGCUUAGUAUAUCUCUAUCUCACUCUCCCUCUUCCACUCUCAAUCUUUGUCACGAUUGUAUAUGUCUCUCUGUCAUAUGCAUGAAUUUCUGCUCUGAUCUGUAUUACACUCUUACACUCUUCCUUCCCCUCUCUCUCUCUUUCUCUCUCUCUCUCUCUCUCUCUCUCUCUCUCUCUCUCUCUCUAUUUGUCAUCCUUGCCAAACACAGACAUCAGACGAAUCAUAUACGAAGACUAAAAGCCUUCGGCUCUGUAAUACUAUUAAUACUUGAAUAAUAGGAUUGUUAAGAAUGUUAAGCAAGUAAGAAGUACUCCCAUGCGUGUUAAAUCUAAAUGUCUUAUAUAUAUUCCAUAAUACGUUUGUGUGCCAGGCUACAUGCAUGUAUGUAUUGCCGAACGAAAAUCAAAAAUUUAAUGAGAAACCCAAAAACAAAAAUAUGCGAUGUAGCUCCAUCGCGAUGUAGAUGUGCAUCGAAUAAAUGUACGCACUAAGCUGUUUUGUCCCUGCUCAAAAUAUUUUGAGAAAAUUGCCAACAUUAAACAUUAUUAGAAUAGUUAGUAAGACAUGCCAACACAUUAAUUGAAUUAAAUUGCCUAUCCUCCACACAAAACAACAAAAAUAUAUGAAAGAAGCGGAAGUGAGAACAACGACCAUCUUACUUAGCUAAGAAUGCGUGGGUGAAUAUGUGUCGUAUAGUUAAUGGUCGUACAUGGAGGAAAAUUAAUGAGAGGUAGAUACUUUGCUAUUUAACUGUUUGAUCAAGUUUACUUUCAUAUAUGUCUCAUUUUACCUUUUUUUUUGUUCUUUGGUAUGGGACGUGAGACUGAUAGUUCUAUAUAUCUAGGUCAUCAAAAAAGUGAAGAAUUAUCUUCAAUAAUAAGUACGAAAAUAUUUCUUAGAAAAUAAUACUAGCUAAUUUUAUUCCAGUACACGGUAAAUUCUUUCCAAAAAUAAAUUUAAAAAAUAUAUAUAAAAAACCGACAUAUUCUGCAUGCCGUUUGUUUUUGAAGACCCAACGUUUUGGUUAACAAUAUUUGAUUUUUGGGAAGAUUCGUUUUCGGAGUUCCGAAAAUAUAUAUGUUAUAGUUGAUCUGUACAUCCCAUAAAAUGGGACUGGGGGUAUACAUUAAUUUACUUCUCUAUGAUCGAUUGUAGUUAAAAGUCAUAUAUUUGAUAUCUUUUUAUUGCACAGCACUUCCUAGCUAAGGAUUUUUAGAUACAUAUAGGUUUAACACAUGAUUUUAGCCAAUCGGAAUGAUUUUAAUUUAAAACAAACGAAUUUUGUAUAUACCAUACAAACUUUUAAACCAUAUUAGAAAAGUCUCAAAUAUUACAUUUAAUUUAAUAUUUCACCCAUACGCCAUAUAUGUAGCUAUGGUAGAUCCUUUUUUACUUAAGUCAAAUAUUUUGUAAAAAGUCAUUAAUAAUAUAUUUCCUGGUUCAUCAAUGCAUAUACUAUAGACGCAUAUAUCGACAUUGAUCGAUCAAUUUCAAUUCUCACUGUUUCGAAUAAAACCAAAAUGUGAAAUAGUGUAAAGAUACUUAUAUGUCUUAAAUUCAUAUAUAUAUUAUCGCUCUAACGAUAAAUAAUAUAUAAUAUAUUACAAAUCACUGUACGAAAUAUCUUAUUGAGUUUUGAAUUAUUUAGUCAAAUGAAUAAAAAAAGGAAGCGAGAAACGAUGCGCUCAAAAGAUUUAUACACAUUAAUACAUACUAUUUAUGAUAAUAGAAGGCACUUUGUUCUUGUUUUUGUUAUUGUUUAAUUCGAAAUUAUUUGUCAUACAUACAACGAAAAAAAAAUAAGAAUUUUGAUUACAGCGAUAAGAAGUACGAAGCUACAUAUGUGAAAGUAUUUAUCUACUAUAAAGCUGCAAACAUAAUAAUAUUUAUAAUAUGCUACUUAUAGCAAACUAUUUUAAAAUAUUGUAAUCUGCAAGUGUAUGCGUGUAUUGUAUGAAUACGUAAAUGUUUUUCUUAUAAGGCACAGUAAGCACACACACGAUUGGAAAACUUAUAGUGAAAACCUAAAACGUUCAUGAAAUUACGUAUUAUGAACAUUAAUAACAAUGAUAAUAAUACAAAAAUCAAUAUCGAAAAUCAUCAUGCAUGGAAAUGUAAACAUAACAGAUGCGCAUUUUUUUUGUCUUAAAAUUAUUGUAAUAAUAAUAAUAUAAAAUUAAAUUGCAAGAAACCACAAACAAUAAAGAUAUCAUAUGCAAAUUGA